CCCAUACACUUCACAGCUCUGUGUGUCUCACAGCUCCGUUCAGUUCUAAAUUCAUUCUGCUCGGUUCGCAGUUCGCAAUCGAUCGAAAUGUCAACAUUUACGCACUCGGCUGUAUGGUGCUUCAUGGUAGUGUUGUUAAUCCUGCAAGUGAAACCUAGCACUCAAAGACUACCUUUAGUAAUUAAUACUUGGGCAUUCACGAAUGCUACACUCCGAGCACAUCAAUCGCUGACGGUGGGAGAAUUUGCUGCCAUCGAUGCGCUAGUAGAAGGAUGCAGUGUUUGUGAGCGCGAACAAUGCGAUGGGACGGUCGGCUAUGGCGGGAGUCCAGAUGAAAACGGCGAGACCACACUGGAUGCAAUGAUAAUGGAUGGAACAACCAUGAAUGUAGGUGCGGUGGCUGCCCUGAGGGAAGUAAAACAUGCCAUUGCAGUGGCUCGACAUGUACUGGAGAACACGAAGCACACACUGCUGGUCGGAGACCAGGCCACCGAGUUCGCGGUUAUGAUGGGAUUUCAAAGGGAAUCGCUUCAGACCGAGCGCUCUAAGGGCAUGUGGCAGGAUUGGAAAAAUAAUCACUGUCAGCCAAAUUUUUGGACGAACGUUAUUCCAUCGCCUUCGAUGUCCUGUGGACCAUACGAGCCGAUUUCAGUAAAUUCGAUCGAUCAACACUUUCUUUCGGCCCCGUCAAACGAAGCGGAUAGGGCACAUCAGUAUGGUCGCUACAAUCACGAUACCAUCGGUAUGAUAGUGAUUGAUAGCGACAGUCACGUCGUUGCCGGAACGUCAACGAACGGAGCUCGAAAUAAAAUACCCGGCCGUGUGGGAGACUCACCGAUCGCUGGCUCCGGAGCGUACGCAGAUUCAUCGGUUGGUGCUGCAGCAGCUACCGGCGAUGGGGACGUGAUGAUGCGCUUUCUGCCAUCAUUGCUGGCAGUGGAAGGAUUACGUCAGGGUUUGACGCCGGCACAAGCUGGCGAAGCAGCUUUGGCCCGGAUUUCCAAGCACUAUCCCGACUUCAUGGGUGGCAUUGUGGUCGCUAGCAGGGAUGGCAAAUACGGGGCCGCCUGUCGUGGAAUACCGGAGUUUCCGUUUUCAGUCGCGGAAGGUGUGUCACCAGAAGCAGGCGUGUCCGUUAAAACUGUGCUGUGUGGAAAGUAGGCUUACAGUUAGAUUACGAAAGUGUAUCUAAAUAGGUCAGUCAUUCCGUCGAAUAAAAAAUCAUAUAAUUCUGCAAGGUCACAUAUUUUCGGAAAAAAUG